UCAGCUGAUGUUGCUGUGUUUUCUCCUCCACAGUAAAGAUGCUGUGGACUCUAUUGGUCUUUUCUCUGAUUGGAAGUGCACACUUAAAAGAUACAAGAGGCGUAGAACCAUCCAAAACUUCCUAAAAAACGUUUUCAAUUACUAUGUAUUUAAUACAACAGUGUCGGGGCGCUACAUCACAGUCUUUUUACCGGAGGUAAAAAAUUUAAUUCUGUGUGAAGUGAUGAUCUUCGGCACAAUAAAAGAAUCAAGCUUUGAGCUGGUCAAAGAGAACAAGACGUGGGAAGAUGCCCUGUACUACUGCAGGGACAGAGGCAUGGACCUGGCUUCCAUUGUUGACGAAGACACCCAGGUCUGGGCUGAGUUGGAAGCCCAGAAGGCUGACACUCCUUUUGUGUGGCUGGGCCUUCGCUACACCUGCACCCUCGGCUUCUGGUUCUGGGUCGAUGAUCAGCGCUUAGAAUUCAGUCGCUGGGCCCCAAAUAAUAAGACAGAAAAGUGUGACAUGAGUGUUGCCAUGGACAGACAAGAGGACCAUCUCUGGUACAGCAAGCUUGAUGACAAGAUGUUUAAUUUCAUCUGUGCAAAGUAGCCUACAUGAAAUCAGAAAUCACUGUUUUGCUGUUCUCAGUCCCUUUUUUUCAUUUGGUUGAGUGUCAGUGGGGACAUUGUUGUGUUGUGACACAUUCUCCUCUGAUGUGCUGUAGGUGAUGGGUUCAGGCCCACUGCAGCAGCUUUCCACAUAAAAGUGAUGGAAUGAUACCGAGAGCAUCUCCUCUCUCACCUGAAGCGUAAAUAUGGCUUAAAACAGGGGUGUUUCUAGGUGUUACAUGCCAGACAAAGGGCCUGUUUGCAUGUGUUCUCCCUCUUGUUUUUCUUUCUCUUCCCCACUCUGUUUUGACUAUGUGUUUUAACAUCAUUUUGGACCAUCAUUGUAUGGGAAACACUGAAUUGUGUAACUAGAAAGAAACCAACAAUUCUUACUUUAAUGUUGAGCCCCAGGGCCAUUACUACAAAGGUGAGGUAGUAGUACAAAUGAAAUUGGAUAUGUAUCUAUGGAUAAGCAGACAUUUCCAAUAUGCGGUAUAUAACUUUGGAAGAUUUGAGAUUCAUGCGAUUUUUACUAUUUUCUAAAAAUGGCUCAGAAUGUUUUUCUGAAUGAUCUAAGCAUCCACAUUCUGGGUUUAGUUUCACAAUGCUCUGAUAUUCCUAGAGCAGAACUCCUUAGCUCACAAUAGGUUAACACAGACUUUUUUUUUUUAGCAAAUAUUUUUUAGGGGUGCCGGCAUCAAGUUUAAGGGUAAAAAUUGCCCCUGGCUUUAGAAACUAUUUAUUUAUUAGUUUCACUCUGUAUUUUAGGCCAUGCAUGCACUCACUUUGUAGAUGUUUGGAAUAUGUUUAAAGUUGAAGUUUGAAGUUGUGUCAAUGUAUCCAUUUGAAUUCAUGAUACCGUAAUAUAAUGGUUAUAUGAUAGAGCAAUAAUUUCCACUGUUAUAAUAUGUAAGAACAUUAAGAAAAACUUUUUUUUUUCUCUUCCUGAAAAUAGAUCUU